AUGCGACAGGCUAGAGUUCUCAUAGUGGGCUGCGGCUCUGUGGGAACCAUGUGCGCGUACGCACUUCAGAAGUCUGGAGACGCUGAGGUCACUGCAAUCCUGCGGUCCAACUAUGAUCUAGUCCACGCCCGAGGCUUUCACAUUCGAAGCAUUGACCACGGGGAAAUCGAUAGUUGGAGACCUCAUCACAUGGAAAGAUCCCUCGAAGACACACUCAAGCAUGGGCCGUUCGACUUUGUCUUGGUGGCCAUGAAGAACUUGCGCGAUGUGUACUCGAUCCCGAACAUCAUUGGCCCAGCCAUUACAGCCCAGACAUCAAUCAUUCUCGUCCAGAACGGCAUUGACAUUGAGCGGCCAUUUCUUGAAGCCUUUCCGGCCAACAUCUUACUAUCAGGCGUCCCACUGAUAGGGUGCGAACUCAACGGUCGUGAGAUGUUGCACAAUGAUUCAGACAUUCUUCAGCUUGCGUACUGGCCGAACCCCAACUUUUCCGACGAGGACCAGAGCAACGCGUGCUCCACAUUUGCUCAAAUGUACAACACAGGUGGCGCCAAAUGCAAUGUUCAGAAGGAUAUUUCUUGGUUUCGAUGGCGAAAGCUCAUCUGGAACGCUUCUUUCAACACCGUCUGUGCCAUAACAGGUCUGGACUCUGGCGCCAUUCAGGAUGCAGGUGGUUCGGACACCCUGAUCCGCCCGGCCAUGAGAGAUGUUGUGGCAGUUGCCCAAGCAGCGGGUCAUGUCUUCCCCGACGAGAUACUGGAUAACAUGGUGGCAUUCACGCCCAAAGAGGCUCGGUUGAAGCCGGGUAUGCAGGUUGAUGCAGUGAGGCAGAAGCCCAUGGAGAUCGAAGUAAUAUUGGGGAAUCCUAUCAGAACCGCGAAGAAUCUUGGCGUAUCGGUUCCAACCUUGGUAUUUCUGUACGCUCUUUUGCAAACUAAGCAAUGGGCUUUUUUGAAUAUGGGAAAAUAA